CCCCCCCAGUUUUUGUGGGCGUUUCCCAUUUUGUCAGGUGAAAACUAGCGUUACGUCGCUUUUUGUAAACGUGCGCGUCUGUUUACAGUCUGGAUGUUCGAGGCCGAGCAUGCGUGUCUCACACUAGGCUGCAGACAUCGGUUUCCGUGAUCAACACUACUUCACUGACACCAUGUCGUCUCAUCAGCAAAACCAGAAGUACAAAAAACAGACGAAACUGUCUCACUGUUUUCGGUUAGUCCAGCCGGCUAUGCGCAGUUUGCCAGAAUCUGAACAGCAAGAGGAGGGACUUGAGGAAGCAAAUGACUCUACUACCAAACUGAUGCCAGACACUGCCAUUGCAGCGUCAGCAGACAGUCAUAACAGUGAAGAGAUAGCGCCAUCGACUCUGUGCAAUAUGAAAGAUCCCUGUCUAGGAGCAAAGACAGCUGACGUUCUUCGAGGUCCUUUUCAGCCAACAGCUGAUUCUGUGAUUGGUGGAACAUUUCCUAAAAGACAGUUUGGUAAACAACAAAGGUGCUUUCAGUCAUCUUGGUAUGACAAAUUUGUAUGGCUAGAAUACAGUCCACAGUUGGACGCAGCCUUUUGCUUUUCCUGCCGUUUUGCAGAAUGCAGUGCCAGUGGUACAAUAGGUUGUCCUGAUCCAUCCUUUACACGGAAAGGCUUCAGAAACUGGAAGACUGCUCUUGAUGACUUUAGAAAACAUGAAUUGAGCUCAGUUCAUUCCUUGGCUUCUGGGAUGUGGCAUCAGGCUAGGCAUGUUGCGGCUACAGGUAGUUCUGUGGCACAAAGCCUUAGUGACGACUAUGCCAGAAGGGUAGAGCUCAAUAGACGAAAUCUCAGCAAAAUCAUACACACAAUUCUCUUCCUUGGUCGCCAGAACAUACCUUUUCGUGGACAUCAUGAAAGUGAGGGUUCCUUAAACAAAGGGAACUUCUUAGAGCUACUGAAUUUGAGAGCAUUAGAUAAUCCAGACCUUGCUUUACAUUUGAAAGGAACAUUUACCUAUACGUCGCCAAAAAUACAAAAUGAAAUCAUUGCAUUGUGUGGAAGAAGAAUUCAGCGUGGAAUAGUUGAGGAGGUCAGGAAAUCCGGAUGCUAUGGUUUAAUAUGUGACGAAACGACUGACAUUUCUCGUCAAGAGCAACUCUCAAUUUGUCUUCGAUAUGUUGACGAAACAGUAACAGUGCACGAACGUUUUCUAGGAUUUUGGCCUGUUAAGGAAACUGAUGGUGAGUCAUUGCAUAACUUUCUCAAGGACGUACUGAAAGAGCUCGGUAUUCCAGUAUGCAUGAUGAGAGCACAAUGUUAUGACGGCGCUGCAAAUAUGAGAGGACGAUAUAAAGGAGUUAGCACUAGGUUUCUACAGGACGAGAGCCGAGCCAUAUACAUCCACUGCCAUGCUCACGUAUUAAACCUAACCCUUGCCAAAGCUUGUACUUCUGUUCAGGAUGUUCGGAACAUUCUCGGUGUAGUGGAUUCCUUAUAUAAAUUACUGGAAGGGUCAGCAAAAAGGCACAUGCGAUUCAAGAACAUCCAAGAAUCCGUGGAUUCAGAAAACCCGGCUACCACUCUGAAAAGAAUUUGCGAGACUCGUUGGUCUUCUCGUUACCAAGCAGUUAAAGCCAUUAAGGUGGCUUUUAAAUCCAUAGUUCAAACCCUUCAAACUAUUGCAAGUGAUGAUGCAGAAUUAGGAGCAGACGCUGUGUCUCUUCAGAAGUCGGUUGAAACGUUUCAAUUCUACUUCUAUAUUUCUGUUCUAGAGGCAACUUUGGGGAAAACGGCUGUUUUAUCUGAAUUUCUCCAAGCAAAGCAUGUAGAACUAUUUGGAGUAAAGGCCAAAGUUUUGGGCACAAUUGAGGCGUUGAAUUGUAGGAGCUAG